GCGCAGAGGGUGGGCCACGCCGCGCUUAACUGUUGUAAAAGAGGGCGGAACGCACCGCGUUCGAACGGACGUAAAAUGGGCGGGACGCGCCGCACUAGGAACUGACGCAGAGGGGGCGCGCGUUGCUCUAGCCGGCGGCUGGCGGGGCUCGGGCGCCAUGGAGCGCUACACGGGCGCCUUCGAGGAGGCGGUGGAUGGGGCCCGGCAGCAGGAGCGGCACUACCAGCUGCUGUCCGCGCUGCAGGGCCUAGUGAAAGAGCUGCCCAGCUCCUUCCAGCAGCGCCUGUCCUACACCACGCUCAGCGACCUGGCCCUGGCGCUUCUCGACGGCACCGUGUUCGAGAUCGUGCAAGGGCUGCUGGAGAUCCAGCACCUCACCGAGAAGAGCCUGUACAACCAGCGCCUGCGGCUGCAGAACGAGCACCGAGAUGACAGUGGCACAUCCCGCCGCAGCCCCCCCUCCACUCGCAGUGACAAUCAGAAAUGUCUUCAGACAUCCUUGGGGAUCAACCUUGGCCCAGGAUUGAGAACCAGCGCUCUAGAUCAAGAACACUCGCCAAUGUGAGCACGGUGGACAGCGUCCUGAAAACUUAAAUCAUUCCAGGGUGUCUUCUGACCCUCAGUCCACAAUCACAUUAUCCAACUUGUCGUAAACUGUCGCUUUGUGAGGCCAGUGUAGGUUUAUGCAUCACAGUUGGUUACUUUGGUCUCUGCUUCUGGAAUAGUCCCAUUUACUCUGGGGCUUUUUGAAGAGUCUGGGGCAUUCUGCCUGUAGAAUGUCCCCAUUCUGGAUCUGUCGGAUUGCUUCCUCAUGCUGUCAUUUAACCGUUUCUCCACGCUCUGUGUUUCCUGUCAGCUGGACAGCAGGUCCAGGCGUGAUGAUAGGCAGCUUACACGUUUGUGGCAAAAACUAGUGUUUCUUUCAGGAGUGGGCAUUGGGUUUUGUUGAAUCCCUUUUUCUGCAUCUGUGGAGAUGAUCACAUGGCUUUUUGGUUAACUACGAUGAAUUACACUCAUUUUUUUAAUUCCUGGGAUAAACUGCAUUCCUGGGAUAAAUCCCGUUUGGUAGGAUGUAUUACCCUUUUUAUUAUGUUGGAUUUGAUUUGCUAAAAUCUUGUUAAGAAUAUUUGCCUCUAUGUUCAUAAUGGACAUUGAUCUGUAGUUUCUUAUAAUGUCUUUGGAUGGGGUAAUAGGGUAAAGCUGGCUUCAUAGAGUGA